AUGUCUGAUCAACAGAUUUCUCUGUUAUUGGAUUGGAAGGGUUCAAGUCUUGAGCUCUCGGUGGUUCAUGCUAAAUGCUUGAGAGCUGAGCACAGAUUUCUAUGGACGGACUUGGUGGCAGGUAUGUCAAGUAAUCCAAGAAUGAUCAUUGGUGACUUCAAUGCAGUCCUAGUUGAUCAUGAAAGGUGGGGAUCAGGUAGAUUCUGCUUAGGGGCGACAACUGAAUUCAGAGCUAUGGUUGAUGCUACUUCAAUGAUUCAGGCUCCGUCCACUGGUAGGAAAUUCACCUGGCCAAAUAACAGAAGAAGAGGGAACGUAUUGGCUGUCCUAGAUAGGACUUUUCUAAAUGAAGCUUGGAUGGAGUUAUUUGAUAACUAUUCACAGCAUAUCCUCCAGCUAUUUGCCUCUGACCAUGCGCCUUUGCUUGUAUGUUCGGGCAUGACCACAAAAUCUCAGAACCGACCCUUCCGCAUCAAUAAAUUUUGGAUGGAGCAUCCUAAUUUUUUUGAUAUGGUUUGUAAUUCUUGGAGGCCUAGUGUAACUGGAUCAGACACUUUUAUUCUAGGCCAGAAGCUCAAAAGAUUAAAAAUUGUUAUGAAAUUGUGGUCGCGAGAGACCUUCCCUCACCUAGACCAUGAGGUUUCCAUUUCUCAAUCUCAACUAGAUCAAAUUCAGAAAAGAAUUGAGGAAGAGGGGCAUUCUGAGGAGUUAUUUGAUCUUGAGGCUGACGUCAAAACAAGAUUCUUAAAAGCCUCUAAAUACCAGGAGAAGCUGCGCCAACAAAAAUCCAGAAUAAGAUGGCUUCGAGAUGGUGAUAAAUGCUUGAGAUUUUUUCAUGUCAUGGCCAAAGUGAAAAGGGCUAAGAAUUACAUUUCUAGCAUUGUUAAAGAAGAUGGUGAGACUAUUUCUGAUCAAGGUCUUCUGGGGACCAUAUUGCUCAGUUCUAUGAAGACUUUCAUAGAUGCGUGGACCUAG